AUGGGAAGCUCGUCGAAGGAAGACACGGCGAGUGACGGAGACACGGCCAGCGGUGGAGCAUCGCCUUCCAACGACGGUAGACUCUUUACCGAGGGAGAGCGUGUUCUCGCCUACCAUGGUCCUCGCGUCUACGGAGCCAAGGCAAAACUAAAUCUCUCUCGCCCUCUCUAUGUUUCUCUGAUACAGAUUCAAAAGGUGGAGCUUCGCAAGAAGGAGUGGAAGUACUUUGUUCAUUAUCUCGGUUGGAACAAAAACUGGGAUGAAUGGGUUAGUGCGGAUAGAUUGUUGAAACAUACAGAGGAGAAUCUUGUGAAACAGAAGGCUCUAGACAAAAAGCAAGGAGUAGAGAAGGGUACCAAGUCUGGGCGUUCGGCUCAAACAAAAACUAGAAGCUCUGCAGACACAAAGGCCGAGAAGGAUGACACGAAAAACAAUGCUGCAAAAGGGAAGAAGCGAAAGAACGAGUCAGGCAAUGAGAAGGAUAACGUAUCAGCAGAGAAGCUACUCAAGAUCCAAAUACCUGCAACAUUAAGAAAACAGCUUGUUGACGACUGGGAGAAUGUUACACAGAAGGACAAGGUUGUGAAACUUCCGCGUUCACCUACUGUCGAUGAGAUAUUGUCCAAGUACCUUGAACUCAAAACCAAGAAGGAUGGAAUGAUAACUGAUGCUGUCGGUGAAAUCUUGAAAGGCAUAAGGUGUUACUUCGACAAGGCACUGCCUAUGAUGCUCUUGUAUAAAAAAGAGCGACAACAAUACCAAGAAGCAAUCGUGGAUGAUGUUUCACCUUCAACUGUUUAUGGCGCCGAGCAUUUGCUUCGUCUCUUUGUGAAAUUUCCGGAGCUUUUUUCAUAUGUAAACAUGGAAGAAGAGACAUGGAAUCGCAUGCAACAAACACUAUUAGACUUCCUCAAGUUCAUUCAGAAGAACCAGAGCACUUUCUUGUUAUCACCAUCGGCAUAUGAAUCCGAUAAGGUUGUUUCAGAUGUUAAAGGCAAAGGCAAAGAUGAGUGA